CGUCUUCAACGAUUAUCUACCUACUUCACCUCGACUCUCUAGCUCUCGCUCUCCACCUCGUCUCUUCCCCUUUCAACCUACCAAAAGCUCAUUCCUCCUACGAUGGUCCUCAAGCCUACUCCUACCGCUAUUGCCAGCGCCCUCAGGCAGUUCCAGACCUCGACCAAGUUGGCUGCUUCGGCUUACCAGUCGACCGCUCCUUCGUCUGCUUAUGCUGCCAAGCCCGGUUCCAACGGCAACUACACCGUCACCCUGAUCCCCGGUGACGGUAUCGGCCCCGAGAUCGCCGAAUCCGUCAAAUCCAUCUUCAGCGCCGCCAAAGCUCCUAUUCAGUGGGAAGAGGUCGACGUCACCCCGACCUUGGUCAACGGCAAGACCGCCAUCCCCGCCGACGCCAUCGCUUCCGUCAAGAAGAACACCGUCGCGCUCAAAGGUCCCCUGGCGACUCCCAUCGGAAAGGGACACGUCUCGUUGAACUUGACGUUGAGGAGGACGUUUGGCUUGUUUGCGAACGUCAGGCCUUGUGUGAGCAUCAAGGGGUACAAGACGGCUUAUGAUGAUGUCAACACGGUGUUGAUCCGAGAAAACACCGAGGGAGAGUACUCGGGUAUCGAGCACGAGCUCGUCCCCGGUGUCGUCCAGUCCAUCAAGCUGAUCACCUACCAAGCCUCCGAGCGAGUCGCCCGAUACGCCUUCCACUACGCCUCUGAACACGGCCGAAACAAGGUCACCGCCGUGCACAAGGCCACCGUCAUGAAAAUGUCCGACGGCAUGUUCCUCGAAGCCUGCAGGAACGUGGCCAAGGACUACCCCAACGUCGUCUACGACGAGGACCUCCUCGACCGGGUCUGUCUCCGGGUCGUACAGGACCCGACCCCUUAUGCCGACACGGUCAUGGUCAUGCCUAACCUUUACGGUGACAUCCUCUCGGACAUGUGCGCCGGUCUGAUCGGAGGUCUCGGUCUGACCCCCUCGGGUAACAUUGGAAAGGACGCUUCGAUCUUCGAGGCCGUCCACGGGUCCGCACCGGACAUUGCCGGCAAGGGGUUGGCCAACCCGACGGCAUUGUUGUUGUCCUCGUUGAUGAUGUUGAGGCACAUGAACCUGUUCAAGCACGCCGACAACAUUGAGAACGCCAUCUUCAAGACCAUCGCCGACGGAAAGGCCAUCACGGGCGAUCUGGGCGGAAAGGCUUCUACUGCGCAAUACACCGAGGGCAUCAUCUCCAGGAUCAAGUAGAAAAUUUUGUAGAUAGAGAUCGAGGGAUUGUGGUGUGGUGAUGCAUAUAUCCAAAAUAUACGAAAACGCUA